CUUGACGUCACAGGGACUGGAAGCCAUGGCAGACAGUGACCAGGAGUAUGACAACAUGUGGCGCAUCUACCGCACAUGCAAUGAGAUGCUUGCUGCACGUGGCUACCUUGUCUCCGAGGCCAACCUCACCAUCGACGAGGCUACCUUCCGCGAGCGGUUCCCUGAUCUGGAGACGAUUCGCAAGGACAUGGACAUUGUGGUGACGCACAGCAAGAACCGGGCGGACAAGAUCUUUGUCUUUUUCCCCGAGUCGGACGCGUCGUCCAAGUCGGGCGCGGUUUCGGUCAAGCACAUCCGCCCCUACCUCGACCAGAUGGAGACAGAGAACAUCCGGCGCUGCAUCCUUGUCGUCAGCAAGGGCUUCACCUCGUUUGCCAAGCAGACUCUUGCAGAGAUGUCCGCCUUCAAGGUCGAGCACUUUAACGACUCGGAGCUCCUUGUCAACAUCACCAAGCACGUCCUCGUCCCCGAGCACGAAGUCCUGUCUGAGGAGGACAAGCAGGCCGUCCUCGACCGCUACCGCCUCAAGGAGUCGCAGCUGCCGCGCAUGCUCUUCACCGACCCUGUCGCCCGCUUCUACGGCCUCCGCCGCGGCCAGGUCGUCAAGAUCAAGCGCAAGUCCGAGACCGCAGGCCGCUACAUCACCUACCGCUACGUCAUCUAAGCGC